AUGGCCACUGAUCUAAUUGCACCUGAAGAUCCUUUUUUUAGCUCAAUACCCGAAAAAAUACGUAAAGAUUCUAGAUAUAUGCCGCAUUUUAAGGAUUGCAUAGGUGCAAUUGAUGGUACUCACAUUGCGGCUAUUCUUCCACCAAAUGAACAAAUUCCCUAUAUUGGAAGAAAAUGUAUCCCGACUCAAAAUGUUAUGGCAGUAUGUGAUUUUAAUAUGUGUUUCACAUUUGUCAUGGUUGGAUGGGAAGGAUCGGCACAUGACACUAGAAUAUUUCUUGAUGCAAUUCGAGAUCCAAAAUACAAAUUUCCGCACCCACCAAAUGGAAAAUAUUAUCUUGUUGAUUCUGGAUAUCCUCAAAUGAAAGGUUAUCUUGGACCAUAUAAAGGUCAGCGAUAUCAUUUACCUGACUUUCGUAGAGGUAGACCGAUAUCUGGUAAAGAAGAGAUAUUCAAUCAUUCACAUUCAUCAUUACGUAGUAUGAUUGAACGAACUUUUGGUGUUUUGAAAAAAAAAUGGCUAUGUUGUGGGCUUUUAUACGGGGAGACAAGAUUGCUUACGUGUUUAGAGACUACUGACGGUGAUAUUAUAUCCGAUUAUCUUACAGUAAUAAUGAUGUGA